CCGUGAAAACCCCUGCCACUUCUCGAAACACACGCACACCGCCCACCCGCGUACAAAGCCCUGCCACGUCGCAAAACACACGCACGCGCUGUCUUUUAAUGCAGCUCCUUACCUCUGAAGUCGACUGAAAUAUUUAAACAGGCAAUGAAGGGUAAAGUUUACACAACCGACACAGGAGCUCCACUCCCGAAUUCAAAAAAAAAAAAAAAAAAAAAGUCGUCAGCGGUUGUCUGCUCGCGGCCUGCUCCUUCGUACGGCGACCUGACCCCGUGUGACAGCCACCCCGCCCGCACGCAACUACCUCCUCCUCCACCCCACCCCAGUCCAGCCCCCAUCAAGCUUUCGGCUACGCUCCAGCAGCUCCCUGGCCCCUACACAGCGACGGACUCAGUGCAGGGCGAGUGGCGGGUGUGAGUAGACAGGUGCUCGCAGUCUGGGAGCGGAAGUGUCGUGUGGAGAUAGUUCUCGCGCUCUGGCCAUCCACACUUUCAAUGGUGCUCGUCGCAAAGGGGGCACUACUAGGUGCACACCGGCUUGAAUGGGCGCGAUGACGUGCGGGCGCUCGAUGACGUCAUGCAUUAAAGUGACGCUGUGCUUGCUGAACAUCUGGGUGCUGUGUGUCGUCCUUGUCGUGGCUCUGGGUCACUGGCGGAUUUUUGACACUGAUCUGUCGUUCACCCGAUCUUUCGAUGACGCCCACCUUGUCGUGAUGAGAGAACUGAAGGAAGAAGGAUCCCCAAAACAAGCAGGUCCUGUGUCGACCCCUAACAAAACGGUCGUGACGACGGCGACUAAAUCUAAGUCUGUGGUGGCGGCUGCUGCUGUACCUGCGUCACCCAAGCAGUCGCCCACCCAGAAGGAGAUCGCGGACCGGGUGGACACGAUGCGGCAGUGGUGUCGACGCUUGAGGCCCCACUACGUGGACCCCUCCGUCAUGCCGGCCGAGCGGCUGUCCAUGAUCAUGGUGGACCGCAAACAUCGCCUGGCUUUCUGUCAGAUCCCGGGCGUGGCGCAGAAUGACUGGCGGCGAAUCUUCAUCUUCCUGACCGGCAAGGUCAACGCCAGCAACCACCUGCAAAUCUCCGCCUACGACGCCCACAGCAAGUACGGACACUUGAUCCAGCGUCUGAGCGACUUCCCGCCGGCCGAGCGCAAGAAGAUUUUGCAUGAGUCCACCAAACUGGUCUUCGUCCGCGACCCCUUCGAGCGCCUGCUUUUCACGUACCAGAACAAGUUUCUGGCCAAGUACAGUAAGUAUUUCCACGAGACCUUCGGCCGCCGCAUCAUACAGCGGUACCGGAAGAACGCCACCGCGCAGGCGCUGAAGAGCGGUAGUGACGUGACGUUCAACGAGUUUGUGCGUUUCGUGGUUGACAACGAGCGGGAGGCCACAGGACUGCUGAACGAGCACUGGGAGCGGUACUACAAGCUGUGUCAGCCCUGCGCCAUUCAGUACGAUGUGGUGGGCAAGUUCGAAUCCCUGGUGGCGGACACCACGGAGGUCCUGUCGCGGGCCGGCGCCCUCAAGGUGCUCAAGCCGCCGUACAUGGCCGAUACCCUCGUUAACUCUGAGAAGGUCAUGAACAGCUUCUACCAGACGGUGAACCCAACUGACCUGAAACGACUUUGGAAAAUUUAUUACCCGGAUUACAAUCUGUUUAGUUACCCGUACCCUAACGUGCUGAAAACGGUCUUGCGGGCAGCCACUAACGACUAUUGACAAGCACAGAAAGAAAACAAAAAUAAUAAAAAAGAAGAACCAAAAAAACAAAACCCAAACGGGUGUCGGGCCUGCUUGCAUUAUGGGUAGCGAUGAACGUUUUGUUGAAAUGUUCAUACCAAAGGAAACAGAAUGUGGGAGAUCCGGAAAGUCAUUGAAACCGAUGAACGUGUUUUGUGAUCUUCAUGACAGUCGUUAUAGGGUGUGGCCCAGCUCUCCUCCACACCAUUGACAAUACUGAACAUUUUUGUUGUGAUGUAACAGGACGUUCGUCAAUGGUACCAGUGAACGUUUUGCUGUGAUUUUCAUGACGUUCGUAACAGGGUCCUGGGCAACGUUUGUGUGUGUGUGUGUGCGUGCGCGUGUUUUCUCAGAAAGAGCAGUACGGGGAGAGAGAGAGAGCGCUUCGUCAUUGUGUCUCUGUGUUAGGUAUUUACUGAACUGUGGACAUAUUAUUUCUCCAAAACAAGAGGACCAUACACAUAUAUGUGUGUGUGUGUUGAGAUGGGGAAAGACUGUGUUGACGCUUGCUUGUGUGUCAUGGGCAAACGUUUAUGAACUAGUGAAAGAGAGUGAGAGAGCGAGUGAAUUAGAGAGAAAUAUACAGAGAGUAGAUAUAUAUAUAUAACCCAAACACUGAACAAAAGAAAGAGAGAUAGAGAAAGACAACCAUUCUUUUCUUUUAGCUCAGAACGCAUUCUUUUUUUCCAUUAAACAACAGUGUAACGGUGUCAAUAUGUUUACCCACACAGCAAGGUGAAAGUCCCAGUAAACAAUAUAAUCAUUUACGAGGUCAGUCUAAGGGUCAGUUCUCCCCUUGCUUGCUUUCCCUUCACCACUAAGGCUUGAGUCUCUAGUUUCACAAAAGGUCUGUCAUCUUAACAUCCGUUGUGCAAUAGAUUCUGCCAUGACGCCUCUAUCUUUAAUAGAUAAAUUGUAUUAAUUAGUAAAUUGUCUUUCUCUCACACACGGAUAUUUCUCUCUCUCUCUUUUUAACCUAAAAUGUUUCAGAGUUGUAAAUAUUUGCCUUUGUCAAACCUGAUGCCAAAGUUCGCGAAAAGUUUCUCGGUCUGCAGCUUGCCUUUGACGCAACUGCUUUCGGAAAUCCUAACAUUUUAUUUUGCUUUUCUUCAUGUGCACUACACCCUGUCACCCCGCCCUACCCCCGACUCUCAUAUUUUUGUUUUAAAUACGCCAUACUCCGGUAGUUUUACCUGUCUUAGUUACCUGUACACAAAAACCUGCGGUGUCUGUACUUAAUAUUUUAUUGUUUAAAAAAAAAAAAAGCGGUCAGUUUGAAAUCGCACAUCUAGACUAUAGUUAUCCUGCACAUUUUCAGCAUAUACAUUGGUAUACUUUAUCUCAUUUAAUUUGAUUUAUUUUCAUUUCAUUUCAUUUUUUUUCCCAUUCUCACAAGAAGAUGACUUUAUGUCCCUUUUCAGACAUCUAUACUCUCUACACCCGCCAUUUUUUUCUUUUUUUUCGAUUUACCUUACCUUAUUUCCCUCCAAUCUUCGUUACAGUUGAUGACGGGUGACACACAAAGUAUCCCUUUCCAUUAUCAGCAUCUUUUCUGUGAGAAGAAAUUUUGUAAUAAGAUAGUUUGUUUAAUGAAAGAUGUGUCUGAAUUCAUAUGGAUCUCUUUUUAUUUGCUCAUCCUAAGGUAAAGAAACUUAUUUUUGCAUUAUGUAUCUGUCUCACAGUAUUCUUGUCUUAAUGACGGUGAAAAUGCAAAGAAAAUAAUAAAGAAACACAACAAACGUAA